AUGUUCCAUCACAGCACCUCGACGAUGCCGCACUUUCCGCACCAGCUCCUCGGCCUCGUGAGUUUCCCGAGCUUCUUCUUUUGGGAGCGCUACCUGUGCAGCGGAGAGAUCAGCAAGGCUGUCAGCCUUGCAACUUCCCAUCAGCUGGAGCGGGUCUGCAUGGGUGACGCUGCUGCCGCAGCUCCGGUGCGUGAUCAGAUCAGCUGCUCUUCAAAGCUGUCUGCCUCGAAGGGUGGCUCGCGGCCCUGGCGCGUGGAGGGCGCGUACGAGUACGAUGACGACGACGAGGUGGUGCUCGUGUCCGUCGACAAGGAGGACCCGCUGGGCGGCCCGAAGGGCGACCGCGAGGUGAAGGUGCCCGUGGAGGAGGGCUGCCUCAACUUCAGGGGCGUCCGGUGCCCCUGGGCCAGCCCGCCUCCAGACGCGCUCGCGGAGGAGCUGGCCGCCAUGUCGCUGAGGGAGCUCAAGGCCUUCGCCGUGGACGCGGGGUUGGACCCCUCCGGCUGCAUCGAGCGGGCGGACAUCGAGGGCCUGCUCCGACGCGCGCGGGCCAGCGGCGCCCUGGCGAGCAAGGACAGCGCCCCCGCCGCGCGGCCGCCCGCGGGGCCCGCCGCUGCCGUGCCCGCACCGCAGGAGGCCGCGACAGUUGCUGUCGCUGCUGUGCCCGCCCCCGUGGCGGAUCAGCCGGCCCCUGCGGCGCCGCCGGCGCCUGCUGCCGUGGCACCCUCGCCGCCGGCGGAGGAGGCCGCUGCGGCAGCUGCGGCGCCGACGCCGCCAGCCGAGGGCCAGUACAGCCUGGAGCAGCUCACGGACAAGCGGCAGUGGGAGAAGUUGGACGUGACGCCGACCGAGCGGGAGACUUUCCUGCCAGACGCCGUGUUCGUGGAGCUCUUCGGCAUGGGCAAGGCGGAGUUCGCGAAGCUCCCGAAGUGGAAAAAGGACAACGCAAAGAAGAAGCACGGGCUCUUCUAG